GGAGCAAACAGUCGAAGAUUGUGAAAAUGAAAGUGCCACUGGUGGUUCUGAUUUUGGCGGGUCUUUUGACGGUUGGGGUUAGCGGCAGUGAAGUGUUUGAGUCGGAGGUUGAUCAUGCCAGUAGUAACGACCAUCCCCAGUCGAUCGGUCGGAACAGGAUUCUGCCCGAGCUGGCCAAGAAACCUGCGGCCGGGAGUGAAACCGGUAGUGACAAGGAUAUAAUUCCACUGAUAGACCAGGAAGAUCAGGAGGACCAAAAAGAGGGACAACUGUUUGCCGGAGAUCGGGGACAGUUUAGUGUGGUGGACCGGGUGUUGCUGGCGCUGCUGCGGGACGCCCUGGGAUCGCUGGAAGGGUCGCGCUGUCGGCGGGACAUGAACUGGACGCUGGACGCGAUCGAGCGGAAGGAACCGUGGGCGGUGGCGAUGCUCGACGCGUCCGCCAAGUCCACGUCCGGCCUCGAGCAGGGUGACGUGUUCCAGCUGGGACACUUUGACCAGUGCAUGGGCGUGGGCAGCUUUGGCCAGUUCUGCUUGGCGGAUGUACGGCUAGAGGGUUACCGCCUUCGGACGCAAGUCUCGCGCCAACUGUCCACGGAGAAUUCGACCAUCGUCCACUGGGGCGUUUGCGUUCCGGCAUCCUGUGCGGAAUCGGACGUGGGUCGCUUGCUACAGAUGACCACCGGGUCGAGGGAGGUGACCAUUCCGGAACGGGGAUGCCAUCGGGAGUCGAAACGGAGGACCUCAACUGCGGAAGUCGUGUACGCUUCGGUGAUCAUGUUCUUCGUGCUGAUGGUUCUGGCCAGUACGUGUUACCACGUGCGAUCGAUGUACGGGUCGGGUUCGGAAAAGCAGAGUACGUUUGGGUGUGUUCUGAUCUUUUCGGUGGUGGAGAACCUGAGAAAGCUGGUGCAGGACAGUAAGGACGACCAUGGGUUGGGUUGUAUCAACGGGAUCAAGUCGGUGGCAAUGUUUUUCAUCCUUGGAAGUCACGCGUUGCUGUUUAUGGCCGGUGGAGCGACGUAUAAUCCGGGAUUUCAUGGAGAGCAAGCAAAGCUACUCCGCAACGCUUUUCUGCUCAACUCGCCCCUGCUGGUGGACACGUUCCUCCUCCUGAGUGGUUUCCUGUUUGCCCGGCUCAUCCUGAUUGAGCUGGACAAACGUCGCGGCAAGGUCAACUUCCUGGUGCUGUACGUGUUACGGUACGUGCGACUGACCCCGGCGUACGUCGCCAUCAUGGCCCUGUACGCCACGUGGCUCCCGCGGCUGGGCAGCGGCCCUCUGUGGGACCAGCGGAUGCUGCUUGAGCAGUCCCGGUGCCAAUCGAGCUGGUGGCUGAACGUCCUGUACAUCAACAACUACGUGGGCACCGAUCGGCUGUGCAUGUUCCAGUCGUGGUAUCUGGCCACCGAUACGCAGCUGUUUGUGCUGGCACCACUGCUGUUGUAUCCGCUGUGGAAGUACGGCCGGAGAACGGGCAUGACGUUGGUGGCGCUGGUGGCCGCGGUUUCGGUGCUCAUUCCGUUCUGUGUGACCUACUUUGGCCAGCUGGAUCCGUCGUUUAUGAUCUUCACCGAUGAGGUGGUCGACGUGCAGGCCAACUACUAUUUCCAGAACGUUUACGUUAAGACGCACAUGAGAGCGACCGGAUACAUUUUUGGGAUCUUUAUUGGGUACCUUGUGCACUGGAUGCAACAGAAGAACAUCACCAUCGGCUCGUACAAGGUGGCCUUCUUCUGGACCGUCUCGACCGCACUGGGAACCCUGUCGAUGUUCGGUAUCUCAACUUUCUACAACGCUACCGGCACCGGCAACUACACGUACAACGCCCUGUACGCGGCCGCCCACCGACUCGGCUGGAGCGCCUCCAACGGCUGGCUGGUGCUGGCUUGCGUAACCGGAAAUGCUGGCCCACAAAAGUUCCUGUCCUCACGGGCUCUAGUUCCGAUUAGUCGGCUGACUUAUUGUGCAUAUUUAACCAACGGACUGGUCGAACUUUACUUUAGUGCCUCACAGCGAGUUCCGAUCUACGCGAGUGUCCCCACGAUGACCGCGGGCACGUUGUCCCACGUAUGUCUUACCUUCCUGAUGGCGCUGGGACUGUGUCUGGUGUUUGAAUCGCCCAUCCACGGCAUCGAGAAGAUCUUCCUGCGGCGGAUGCGCCCUACGGCUGGCAAGGGUCAGCAAUCGGCCAAGGAGGACAAAAUGGCGGAAGCCAGCAGCAGCGUAAGCGGAACCACCCAGAGCAGCUCCGAUGACCUGUGCGCUUUCCCAUUCGGAUCGUGGCCCGGAACGGACGCGCGAUCGACACUUCUGGACAGCCCCUGGAAGUCGGUGGAGUCACUCACUGGUUGUGAAGAGUCCUUACGGGUGUUUGGAAGAUAUUUUUGCUGGACAGUCGCGAUACGUUUGAAGUGUUCGAGGUCAGGGAGCAAACAGUCGAAGAUUGUGAAAAUGAAAGUGCCACUGGUGGUUCUGAUUUUGGCGGGUCUUUUGACGGUUGGGGUUAGCGGCAGUGAAGUGUUUGAGUCGGAGGUUGAUCAUGCCAGUAGUAACGACCAUCCCCAGUCGAUCGGUCGGAACAGGAUUCUGCCCGAGCUGGCCAAGAAUCCUGCGGCCGGGAGUGAAACCGGUAGUGACAAGGAUAUAAUUCCACUGAUAGACCAGGAAGAUCAGGAGGACCAAAAAGAGGGACAACUGUUUGCCGGAGAUCGGGGACAGUUUAGUGUGGUGGACCGGGUGUUGCUGGCGCUGCUGCGGGACGCCCUGGGAUCGCUGGAAGGGUCGCGAUGUCGGCGGGACAUGAACUGGACGCUGGACGCGAUCGAGCGGAAGGAGCCGUGGGCGGUGGCGAUGCUCGACGCGUCCGCCAAGUCCACGUCCGGCCUCGAGCAGGGUGACGUGUUCCAGCUGGGACACUUUGACCAGUGCAUGGGCGUGGGCAGCUUUGGCCAGUUCUGCUUGGCGGAUGUACGGCUAGAGGGUUACCGCCUUCGGACGCAAGUCUCGCGCCAACUGUCCACGGAGAAUUCGACCAUCGUCCACUGGGGCGUUUGCGUUCCGGCAUCCUGUGCGGAAUCGGACGUGGGUCGCUUGCUACAGAUGACCACCGGGUCGAGGGAGGUGACCAUUCCGGAACGGGGAUGCCAUCGGGAGUCGGGAAACGGGAGGACCUCAACUGCGGAAGUCGUGUACGCUUCGGUGAUCAUGUUCUUCGUGCUGAUGGUUCUGGCCAGUACGUGUUACCACGUGCGAUCGAUGUACGGGUCGGGUUCGGAAAAGCAGAGUACGUUUGGGUGUGUUCUGAGGUCUUUUUCGGUGGUGGAGAACCUGAGAAAGCUGGUGCAGGACAGUAAGGACGACCAUGGGUUGGGUUGUAUCAACGGGAUCAAGUCGGUGGCAAUGUUUUUCAUCCGAAGUCACGCGUUGCUGUUUAUGGCCGGUGGAGCGACGUAUAAUCCGGGAUUUCAUGGAGAGCAAGCAAAGCUACUCCGCAACGCUUUUCUGCUCAACUCGCCCCUGCUGGUGGACACGUUCCUCCUCCUGAGUGGUUCGUUUGCCCGGCUCAUCCUGAUUGAGCUGGACAAACGUCGCGGCAAGGUCAACUUCCUGGUGCUGUACGUGUUACGGUACGUGCGACUGACCCCGGCGUACGUCGCCAUCAUGGCCCUGUACGCCACGUGGCUCCCGCGGCUGGGCAGCGGCCCUCUGUGGGACCAGCGGAUGCUGCUUGAGCAGUCCCGGUGCCAAUCGAGCUGGUGGCUGAACGUCCUGUACAUCAACAACUACGUGGGCACCGAUCGGCUGUGCAUGUUCCAGUCGUGGUAUCUGGCCACCGAUACGCAGCUGUUUGUGCUGGCACCACUGCUGUUGUAUCCGCUGUGGAAGUACGGCCGGAGAACGGGCAUGACGUUGGUGGCGCUGGUGGCCGCGGUUUCGGUGCUCAUUCCGUUCUGUGUGACCUACUUUGGCCAGCUGGAUCCGUCGUUUAUGAUCUUCACCGAUGAGGUGGUCGACGUGCAGGCCAACUACUAUUUCCAGAACGUUUACGUUAAGACGCACAUGAGAGCGACCGGAUACAUUUUUGGGAUCUUUAUUGGGUACCUUGUGCACUGGAUGCAACAGAAGAACAUCACCAUCGGCUCGUACAAGGUGGCCUUCUUCUGGACCGUCUCGACCGCACUGGGAACCCUGUCGAUGUUCGGUAUCUCAACUUUCUACAACGCUACCGGCACCGGCAACUACACGUACAACGCCCUGUACGCGGCCGCCCACCGACUCGGCUGGAGCGCCUCCAACGGCUGGCUGGUGCUGGCUUGCGUAACCGGAAAUGCUGGCCCACUGAAAAAGUUCCUGUCCUCACGGGCUCUAGUUCCGAUUAGUCGGCUGACUUAUUGUGCAUAUUUAACCAACGGACUGGUCGAACUUUACUUUAGUGCCUCACAGCGAGUUCCGAUCUACGCGAGUGUCCCCACGAUGACCGCGGGCACGUUGUCCCACGUAUGUCUUACCUUCCUGAUGGCGCUGGGACUGUGUCUGGUGUUUGAAUCGCCCAUCCACGGCAUCGAGAAGAUCUUCCUGCGGCGGAUGCGCCCUACGGCUGGCAAGGGUCAGCAAUCGGCCAAGGAGGACAAAAUGGCGGAAGCCAGCAGCAGCGUAAGCGGAACCACCCAGAGCAGCUCCGAUGACCUGUGCGCUUGAUCGCGAUCUGAAAAACGGUACGAUCUGUUUGGCUUCUGAGAUAGCUAACGAGAGAUUUAGGGUUAGGGUUACGCGACCGUAGGAUGUUUCUCGGCUAGUGAGAGCUAGUUUAGAAAGGUUUCUUUUCCAGAUUGUAUUUGUUCGUUUUUAAGCAUUGAUCAAGAUUUGUAAAUAGCUCAACAAUUGUCCAGAUUUAACCUCAUCUAAAAAAACGUGAUCAUUUGCCGCAAUAAUAAAACAAAACACAAAACAAAA